CAAACCUGAGGAUGCCUGGUCAGGCAAUCCCACUCCUUACCAUCCAGUCCACUGCUGGCACAUCUCACGUGGCAGAGAUAAUCGAGUCCCAGAUCCAUGUUGAGCGCAGCACCGCCAACUUCUUCUCCAUUUACCGAUAUGCCAACGCCUCGCAGUUAUGUAUGCUGUGCGUAUCAGGAUGUUGUGCGGUAGCCGCCGGUGCAGCAAUGCCAUUGGUGACCGUCGUGUUCGGCGCAUUGGCAGAUGAAUUCAUCAACGGAGAACACCAUACAUCGCAGGAGAUUCGAGACCAGGUCCAGCAUCUCACGCUCUUCUUGGUAUAUAUCGCAAUCGGGUCAUUGGUCACCACCGCUAUUAGCACACUAGGCUUCAAUUUCAUCGGAGAGCAGAUAGCCCGCCACCUGCAGCAGAAAUAUCUUUCUUCGGUUCUGCAGCAGAACAUGGCUUAUUUCGAUGUAGUCGGAACCGGGGAGCUCACAUCCCACAUAGAUCAAGAUAUGAAAUGGAUUCAAGCUGGCAUCUCGCAGAAGAUGGGUGACCUUCUGUCCGGCCUGUCCGGCUUCGUGGUCGCCAUUAUCUGCGCAUUUGUACGGAACUGGCGCUUUGCAGGGAUCAUGUUAUCCCAGCCGAUCACUUUGAUUCUACUCGUGGGAUUGAUGGGGUAUUGGCUGAGUGUGGUGCAGCAGAUGGGCUUGGCUGAACGUGUUCAAGCGGACAAUUUAGCCCAGGAAGUAUUCAGUGCCAUGAGGAGCGUUAUUUCUUACCGAAGCCAGGAAAGGUAUGCUAAGAAGUAUCGAAAGGCCUUGGGCCGCCCAGCGGCCUUGGACUUCCGGGAGCGGUUAAUAUUUGGAGUGAUUGUUGCGGGCUCUUUCAUGACAUUGCACUGGGGAAAUGGGCUAGGUUUCUGGCAGGCUGAUCACCUCGUCCGUCAAGGGCGUUGCACCAUAUCAGAGGCUUUGACUAUCUUGCUCAUGCGGCAGCCAGUCGCGUUUUCUCAGUCAUAGAGCAGGAUUCGCCUAUGAUUUCGAUGGUAGGUACUGGGAAGACAUACAGUCAGGUCCGAGGGCAGUCCGG